GUUACAUGUCUUUAAAAGUUUAUCCUAUACCUUUUGUUCUGUUUUUGAGACAGGGUUUGGCCGUGUAACCCAGGCUAGCCUCGAACUCAAAAUCCUCCUGUCUUAGCCUGCUGGGAGUCCAGGCAUCGGCCACCACACACUGCAUAUCCUACAUCAACAGUACAUACCUAUACCUUUUUAAUUUUUUUUAAAGCAGUACUGAGAUUUGAAAUCAGGACCUUGCAGCUUGGUAGGCAGAUGAGCUACCAAUUGAACCAUGUCCCCAGAUCCCUCCCUACACCUUUUUAAUGGCUUGGUAGUUGUAUUUCUUUAAAAAAGACUUUUGUGGUGUUGGAAGAUGGAACCCGGGGCCAUUCAGCCUGACAAUUACAUUUCUUAGUAUCUUAAGCUCUAUGCUGGGGGUGGCGUCAAACCCAGGACUUGUGCAUGCUAAUUGCAAGCACUCUACUACUGAGACAUAUUAACUGAGUCCUAUUAACCAUUUUUAUUUUCAGUUUUCUGGAAUAGGAUUUCUAAUACCAGGAUUGUUAAAUGUGCUAGGUACAGUGGGUCACGCCUGUAAUCCAGCUUUUUGGGAAGUGGAGAUGGGGAGGAUCAUGGUUUGAGGCCAGCCUUGGCAGAAAGCGUGAUUGUGGUGGAGUUGCACCUAUUAUUCCAGCUACUCAGAAGAUAGUAGUCUAGUCCUGCUGGGGCAAAAAUUUAUGGCUCAAGUGGUAAAGCAUUUGCCUAGCAAGUACAAGGCUGAAUACAAACCCUAGUACCACCAAAAAUAAAUAAAUCAUAGAUUGUGUUAGCUACAGUAAAUACAGUGGAAAAUGUAAAUUUAGAUAUUUUGCCCAUUUCAGUCAUCCUCAUCAGAUUAUUUGGAGAUACAGCAUUAGACUAAUGACUUCAGUUUUACUUGGUAAUGUUGGGAAAAGGUAAUAAAUGAAAGCUACAUUAAAUGUCAUUACAAGGACUAGUACCUUUUGGAUGUAAUAAUGAGAAGACAGAAAAGUAGAAGCAAGAUAGUGGGAUUGAUAAACCUGAAAAUUGGAUAAUUGAUCCUUAAGCUUGUGAGAUUUGGACAUUUUGUCUAUAUGUGUACAAGAAGAAACUUCCAGAACAGUAAAACUUCUCAGUAUUGAGAUGGAAACAUGUUUCUGAAUAUGGAAUAAUGAUUAUAGAAUUCAAAGCAGAGAACACUUGGGCUGGCGGAAUGGCUCAAGUGGUAGUGCGCCAGCCAAGCAAGUACAGGACCCUGAGUUUAAACCCCAGUAAUACCAAAAAAAAAGAAUACUGAGUUUGCUGUGAUUGUAAGUAGUAAAUGCACAUUGUAAUAAAUUUGGAAAAGAUAGUAACACGUAAGGAGAAAAGUCAUCUAUUGUCCCACUUAUCUAGAGAUAGCCACUAUGUUUUAUCUUUUUAUAAGAUAAAGUAUGCACAUGCAAAAAUAUGAAUAACUGUAUCUGUGGGUUUUGAUGUGAAGCAUAGUAAAGUUCUCUGGAUUGUUAAAUUGGUGUUUGCAUCAUUGUCUAUCGUCUUAGGAUCCAAUUGUCUCCCUACUUCACAUAUCCAGUAUUCUUUCCUUAUUAAAUCAAGACAAGGUCUUAUAUUUACUGUUUACAUCUCCCUUGUUAUCAGUGAGGCCUCACUUUAUUGUUAAAACAAGCACGCCUUAAGUCUCAUUUCUAAUGUGGAGAGAAAAGAAUGGUCACCUCCAUUAAAGAAGCAGGUCUUCAUGAUGUUGGCUGGAGAAGGCCACGGUCAACCAGAUGGUGAUGGAAUUUCCUGACAAUGUGUUAAAUCUUGAUGGACAUCAGAAUAAUGGUACACAACUAAAGCAGUUCAUUCAGCGACAUAGUAUGCUUAAGCAACAAGAUCUAAGUAUUGCCAUGGUGGUAACAUCGCGUGAAGUCUUGAGUGCACUUUCUCAGCUUGUCCCAUGUGUUGGUUGUCGUCGCAGUGUGGAGCGUCUCUUUUCCCAGCUUGUAGAGUCUGGAAAUCCUGCCCUUGAACCCCUGACAGUAGGGCCCAAGGGAGUCUUAUCUGUAACUCGAAGCUGCAUGACUGAUGCAAAGAAGCUUUAUACAUUAUUUUACGUACAUGGGUCCAAACUAAAUGACAUGAUAGAUGCUAUUCCAAAAAGUAAGAAGAACAAGAGAUGUCAGUUGCACUCCUUAGAUACACACAAGCCAAAACCUUUGGGUGAAGGGAGCAGUAGCAGUGUCAGUUCAGAGAAGUUAAGUACAGAUAAGAGAAGUAGUGAAGACCACAGGAAGGACAGCAAGUGUAGGAUCAUUUUCCAUUAUGGACCUUUCCAGGGAACAGCCAGGGGUUGUUGGAUGGAUGUAUGGGAACUUAUGUCCCAGGAAUGCAGGGAUGAAGUAGUUUUAAUUGACUCUAGUUGUCUUUUAGAAACACUAGAAACAUACCUGCGAAAACACAGGUUUUGCACUGAUUGCAAAAAUAAAGUCCUCCGAGCAUACAAUAUUCUUAUUGGUGAACUUGAUUGCAGCAAAGAAAAGGGCUACUGUGCUGCACUUUAUGAAGGCUUGCGGUGCUGUCCACAUGAACGACACAUACAUGUUUGCUGUGAAACAGACUUCAUUGCACAUCUUUUGGGUCGUGCUGAGCCAGAGUUCGCAGGAGGGUAUGAGCGAAGAGAAAGGCAUGCUAAGACAAUAGAUAUUGCUCAAGAAGAGGUUCUGACCUGCUUGGGAAUUCAUCUUUAUGAAAGGCUACAUAGAAUCUGGCAAAAACUACGAGCUGAAGAGCAGACAUGGCAGAUGCUUUUCUAUCUUGGUGUUGAUGCUUUACGUAAGAGCUUUGAGAUGACUGUGGAAAAAGUACAGGGUAUUAGCCGCUUAGAACAACUUUGUGAGGAAUUUUCAGAAGAGGAACGUGUAAGAGAACUCAAGCAAGAAAAGAAACGCCAAAAACGGAAGAACAGACGAAAAAACAAGUGCGUGUGUGAUAUUCCUACUUCCUUACAAACAGCAGAUGAAAAAGAAGUAAGCCAAGAGAAGGAAACAGACUUCAUAGAAAAUAGCUGCAAAGCCUGUGGCAGCACUGAAGAUGGUAAUAGUUGUGUAGAAGUAAUUGUUACCAAUGAAAAUACAUCAUGUACCUGUCCUAGCAGUGGCAAUCUUUUGGGGUCCCCUAAAAUAAAGAAAGGCAUAUCUCCACACUGUAAUGGUAGUGAUUGUGGAUAUUCAUCAAGCAUGGAAGGGAGUGAAACAGGUUCUCGAGAAGGUUCAGAUGUUGCUUGCACUGAAGGCAUUUGUAACCAUGAUGAACAUGGUGAUGAUUCCUGUGUUCAUCACUGUGAAGACAAAGAAGAUGAUGGUGAUAGUUGUGUUGAAUGUUGGGCAAAUUCUGAAGAGAGUAACACAAAAGGAAAAAAUAAAAAGAAGAAAAAGAAAAGCAAGAUGUUGAAAUGUGAUGAACAUAUCCAAAAGCUUGGAAGCUGUAUUACAGAUCCAGGUAAUCGAGAGACCUCAGGAAAUACCGUGCACACAGUGUUUCACCGAGACAAGACCAAAGAUGCACAUCCUGAAAGCUGUUGUAGCACUGAAAAGGGUGGGCAACCACUGCCCUGGUUUGAGCAUAGAAAAAACGUACCACAGUUUGCAGAACCCACAGAAACGUUGCUUGGUCCUGAUUCAGGAAAAGGUGCCAAGAGCUUAGUUGAACUCCUUGAUGAGUCUGAAUGUACUUCAGAUGAGGAAAUCUUUAUCUCACAAGAUGAAAUACAGUCAUUUAUGGCUAAUAACCAGUCUUUCUACAGCAAUAGAGAACAAUACCGACAGCAUCUGAAGGAGAAAUUUAAUAAAUACUGCCGCUUAAAUGACCACAAGAGGCCCAUUUGUAGUGGCUGGUUGACAACGGCUGGAGCAAAUUAAAUAAAUAAAGUAGCUCUGUCUUUCAAUGAAACACUCAAGAUGACUACUGCGCCUUCUCUUUCAAAAAACUCUUAAUUUAGUGACUUACGACAAAAUUUUAUCUUAAAUCAAUGUGAUUCUUUCUUGUUUUGGGAGACGGUGGAGGUAACCUCAUUAGUUUGUUCUUUCUUCAAGCUUGUGUCUUUAGUUGCGUGGCUGCGCAGGCCUGCCAUAUGAUUUAAGCCAUCUCUUUUCAUUAAAUGUUUCUCUUCCUGUGAGACUUACUAAAGCAACUUAGUGGCAAAAAGUAAUGUUGUACUUAUACUUCUGUACAGAAAUGACAAUGAGCUGAAUAUAUGGUUUUACAAAGUAGACAUCCAUUUGCGAAAUGUUUGGAUGUAAUGUUAAAGCGCAAUGUGCAAAAUUUAAAAUAAAGAAUAUUUAUUAAUACGCAUAGUA